CUCCAUGGCACCCCUUCACUUGAUACCAGAGGAGACUUGUUUUCUAACAGUGGAGCCAUUCAGGUGAAGUAAACGAGGACUUAAACUGGGAGACCUCCAUCUUCUUUUCUCGGCUAGGCAUAUGUCAUAAAAUCCCUAACCAUCUGAACGAGAGGAAGUUUCACAGUAAAGUGUUUCCAAACAUGAAUGUACCAAAAAUCUGCUUUCUCACAGGAUGUCCAAAAUGGCCUUGCGUUAGACGAACAAGUUUGUCCCCACUGUUUUCGUUUAUGAUAUUGUCUGUGCUAACACUGUUUCUCAAAGCACAUGUGACAUUAGCAAUGAAAGUGACCUCCAGUGGACCACAAACUAUGCAGAUGGCUCAGGGGGAACAAGUUACAUUAGACUGUGCCUACACAUCAAGUCCAGCAGACAUAGGCGAGCUUGACAUUGAGUGGUCAGUCAUCAGCCCCGACACAACACAGAAGGACCACAUGAUCAUAUCAUAUACAGGUGGAAGGAAAUAUAUCCAUAGUGACCCUGCUUUUAUGAAAGGUGUGGACUUUACAGCUACAGACCCUGCCCAGGGAGAUGCAUCUCUGUCUAUAACCUCACUGGCUGCCAAUCAUGCUGGAACCUACCAGUGCAAAGUGAAAAAAGCACCUGGAGUGGAUAGUCGGAAAAUCUCACUGAUUGUUAUGGUGAAGCCGUCUGUGCCGAAGUGUUGGGUAGACAGAGGAGAAGCCGUGGGUGAGCCAGUGUCAGUGCGCUGCAGAUCAGAGGAAGGCUCUGCACCUCUAGUCUAUUCCUGGAGAAGAGAGAAUGGAGGAUCCGUUCCUCCAGACGCAAUUCAGAACUCUGUCACAGGAGAGCUUCUGAUUAGUAAUCACUCUGAAAGUCACUCUGGUAUCUACUCCUGUGAAGUUUCAAAUGCGGUAGGGAAAGAGAGCUGUCGGCUGAACCUUCAAGCUGUAAAGCCUCCUAACAGAGCUGGGGUGAUCACAGGCACUGUUGUUGGAUGUUUGCUGCUCAUCAUGAUUGUCCUGUUGAUCAUAUGGCUCGUCAUCUUCAGAUGUGACUGGAAUCGACAUGACAAAGAUUUCUCCAAUGAGAUUAGGGAAGACGCUCCUGCCCCUGAGAGUCGCCCUACCAGCCGAGUGUCCAGCUUCCGAUCAGGAGUGGCCUACAGCCAAGUGGGCCAAACUCACGAAGAACAUCCAUCUUCCACUAACACCAGCAACAGCACUGCGAAGUAUGACAGCAGAUUUGGCUAUGCAGUGUGAGAGAGUGUUUGUUCUUCAUACAGUGUCAGUUUAAUCAACAUGUGCAGUUUCACUGGAGCUUGAAGCUUUACUUAUCGUCAUUGGUUUACAGUUAUUCAAAGAAUAAAAGUGACUUUUUUCUGUCUUUUAACUGGAAUGUUUGCCACUCAUGUUGCAAAAUGCAAUACAGAGUCAAAAUGUUAUUCACAAAUAUGAGAUAUGGACCAUGGAUGAUGUUUUUUUGUUUGUUUUUUUAAGAUAUGCUAAUCAGCAAAUAUUUGAUUUUUUAUAUAUAUAUAUAUAUAUAUAUAUUAUUUAGUAGAACUUGUAAAAAGAGUUUAAUUCAGGAUUUGUUGUGAU